AUGUUUGAUUAAGAAGAUUUUAGAUAGGAUGUUUGUUUUUGGUGUCUCAUCGAAACGCCUCGUUUCGUCAGUACCACUGUCGUUGUAUUUAGCGAAAGCUAAACCGUGAUUAGAGUGAGAGUUAAUAAUCCAACAGACCAAUAAUCUACAGCCAUGUCAUCAUCAGUACGUGUACAACCGAUUGCACUUUGUCAUCUUUCUCACCUCCAUUUCUAAAAAUUCAGUCCUCUCUCCAUGUUCGCUUCUUAUUAGAUCUCACUAGUACGACAAGUCGCAGCCUAUCUGCCAUGGCACCUCCGGCGCACUCACAGCGGUCUCCGUCACCAUCUCAACCGUCCGGAAAAAGCGAAGUCUCCGAUUUAAAGACACAACUCCGGCAACUCGCCGGAAGCCGAUUGCCAGGAGUUGACGAUUCAAAAAGAGAACUAUUCAAGAAAGUAAUUUCACACAUGACAAUAGGAAUCGAUGUAUCGUCAUUAUUUGGUGAAAUGGUUAUGUGUUCAGCAACAUCGGACAUCGUUUUGAAGAAAAUGUGCUAUCUCUAUGUAGGUAAUUAUGCGAAAGGAAAUCCUGAUCUUGCUCUAUUAACUAUCAAUUUUCUUCAAAGAGAUUGUAAAGACGAAGAUCCAAUGAUUAGAGGACUUGCGCUAAGGAGCUUAUCUUCCUUGCGAGUUGCGAAUUUGGUUGAGUAUUUGGUUGGACCUUUAGGUUCUGGUUUGAAAGAUAAUAACAGUUAUGUUAGAGUGAUUGCUGUUAUGGGAGUUCUUAAGUUGUAUCAUAUUUCGGCUUCCACUUGUAUUGAUGCUGAUUUUCCAGCUAUUUUAAAGCAUUUGAUGCUUCGUGAUCCGGAUACUCAGGUUGUUGCAAAUUGUUUAUGUGCAUUGCAAGAAAUUUGGAGCGCAGAAGCAAGUACCUCCGAGGAAGCAUUAAGGGAGAAAGAAAGUUUAAUUAGCAAAGCUGUUAUUUUCAACUUCUUGAACCGGAUCAAGGAAUUUAGUGAAUGGGCACAGUGUCUUGUGCUUGAUUUGCUUUCUAAAUAUGUACCCUCAGACAGCAAUGAGAUAUUUGACAUCAUGAAUCUCCUAGAAGACAGACUUCAGCAUGCAAAUGGUGCUGUUGUCCUUGCAACCAUCAAAGUGUUUCUACAGUUGACACUGUCCAUGGCUGAUGUGCAUCAGGAGGUGUAUGAGCGUAUUAAAGCUCCUUUGCUUACCCUAGUCAGUUCUGGAAGUCCUGAGCAAUCUUAUGCAGUUCUAAGCCACCUGCAUCUGUUGGUGAUGCGUGCACCAUACAUAUUUUCCUCAGAUUAUAAACACUUCUAUUGCCAGUACAAUGAGCCAUCUUAUGUCAAAAAGUUAAAGCUAGAAAUGUUGACUGCGGUUGCAAAUGAGAGCAAUACAUAUGAAAUUGUGACAGAGUUAUGCGAAUAUGCUGCAAAUGUUGAUAUUCCCAUUGCAAGAGAGUCAAUUCGGGCUGUUGGAAAAAUAGCACUGCAGCAGUAUGAUGUGAAUGCUAUUGUUGAUAGGCUUCUUCAGUUCCUAGAGAUGGAAAAGGACUAUGUUACUGCUGAAGCUUUGGUUCUUGUGAAAGAUCUACUGAGGAAAUACCCUCAGUGGAGUCAUGAUUGCAUUGCAGUUGUUGGGAAUAUCAGUAGCAAGAAUGUUCAAGAACCCAAGGCCAAAGCAGCUCUUAUAUGGAUGUUAGGAGAAUAUUCUCAGGAUAUGAAUGAUGCUCCUUAUAUUCUUGAGAGUUUAGUUGAGAAUUGGGAUGACGAGCAUUCAGCUGAGGUUCGUUUACAUCUCCUCACAGCAGUUAUGAAAUGCUUUUUUAAGAGACCACCUGAGACUCAGAAAGCAUUGGGAUCUGCACUGGCUGCAGGACUUGCUGAUUUUCACCAGGAUGUUCAUGAUAGAGCUUUGUUCUACUACAGGCUAUUGCAACACAAUGUGUCAGUUGCAGAACGUGUUGUGAAUCCUCCAAAACAAGCUGUUUCUGUGUUUGCUGAUACUCAGAGUAGUGAAAUCAAAGAUCGCAUUUUUGAUGAAUUUAACAGCCUCUCUGUUGUGUACCAGAAGCCAUCUUACAUGUUCACUGACAAAGAACAUCAGGGAGCGUUCGAAUUUUCAGAUGAGUUGGGAAAUUUAUCCAUUGGGGCGGAAUCUGCUAAUGAGGUUGUACCAGCAGCUAGAGUUGAUGCUAAUGACAAGGAUCUGCUUCUGAGUACUUCAGAGAAGGAAGAAAGUAGAGGUGCUGGUAACAAUGGUUCUGCAUACAGUGCUCCUUUAUUUGAUGCUCCAUCAGUAUCUAUUGCUGCUCCACAAGCACAAAUGCAAUCCGAAUCAUUGAUUCCAAACCUUACAGUACCAGGACAUUCUCCUCAGGCUAGCUUUGCCAUCGAUGAUUUACUUGGUCUAGGUCUACCAGCAGCACCUGCACCUGCACCAGCUCCAGCACCUCCUCCUUUGAAGCUUAAUUCCAGAGCUGCUCUAGAUCCAGCCACGUUUCAGCAAAAGUGGCGCCAACUUCCAUCAUCUGUUUCACAGGAGCAUUCUCUAAGUCCUCAAGGAGCUGCAGCAUUGACAACACCUCAACCCCUCCUUCGUCACAUGCAGGCCCAUUCCAUUCAAUGCAUCGCAUCAGGUGGUCAAUCGCCCAACUUCAAGUUUUUCUUCUUUGCUCAAAAAGCAGAGGAAUCAUCUAUAUAUCUUGUAGAAUGUAAAAUCAACACAUCAUCAAGUAAAGCACAGAUAAACAUAAAAGCUGAUGAUCAGAGUACUUCCCAGGAAUUCUCAUCUUUGUUCCAAUCAGCCUUGUCCAAGUUUGGUAUGCAGUGAGUGUGCAUAAAGUUUUUGUUUUUCCUUUCACUCAAGUUUCCAGCAGAAAAUAGGUUUUUUGAUGUAUUGUAGUUGCCUCAGGAGAAACAAAAUUUUAGAAGUGAAAUAAAAGGAAAACAAAUACUGUUUUGGUUACUUGUAGAUUGAGUGUAUAAUGAGACCAAAAGGAAAAAGAGGAAUUCAACUUCUAAAUCUUUGUUUUA